CCUGCACACCCUCCACCCCCCAGCACCCGCAGUGGCACCAUGGCGUCUGUCAGCUCGUCCUCCACCUACCGCUCGGAGCAGAUCAGCACCUACAGCAAGAGCGGGGCCCCCGCGGAGCCCUGCCGUGAGCCGCGGGGUCCCUUCACUUCCCGGCCCCGGGAUGCCUACAGCUAUGCAGGGUCCCCCGCAGGCCUGCGCCCCCUCGGCCUGGGCAGCAGCGUGCACGCGGGCGGCGACUGCUACCAGGUGAUGGCUGACGUGAGCCAGUUCGAGCCGCAGGAUGUCGUGGUGACCACGUCCAACUGCCAGGUCGUCAUCCGGGCUGAGAAGGUGGCAGAGGAUGGUACUGUCUCCAACACGUUCACCCACAAGUGCCAGCUGCCCGAGGACAUAGACCCGCUGUCCGUCAGCUGCUCCCUCACAGAUGCCGGCACCCUGGUCAUCACCGCCAUGCGCCGGGCUGGCUGGGACCUGCCGCCCCUGUACCGCAGCGAGCUCCAGUUCUGAGUGCCGGGGGGCGGCCACCAGCCACAUCCCAGUAUGCACUGGGCCUUGGGCACCAUGGCUCAGGGAGGACUGGUGCAGGCUGGUUGGGGAGGGGUCUCUGGGCCAGGGGAGCAUCUCCAGGGCCCAGACUCCUGGGUCUGUGUGCUGCCUGCUGUGCCAUUGUCAUGAAUAAAGGCUGUCCUCAGUG